AUGUUAUUCCCUGCACCUGAAUCUCUUACCCUUACCGAGUUUCGGGGUGUGCUUGAAUACUUGCGGACACUGUUACAAAAUCUGCCAACUGCCUUGCCUGUUGGCACUGCUUUUACGUCAAAAUACCUCACAUUCUUGAAAUUCACGAUCGACGAUGAGCUGCUAGAUCGCACCGGAAGCGAAAUAGGGGCAUUGAACGAACAAUUCAAACAGAUUUUUGGAUGGAAAACUCGCACAACAGGAUCUGGGAUCAUAAUGAUCGAGGAGCGAGGAGCACCUAUUUGUGCAGUUGUUGAUGUACUCAACAAUUUCCAUGUCAAAUACCCUACAGACAAUGUCAUUAAGAAAUGGGCAGUUGACAUUGGUAUUGGAGUACAAGAGAUAUACAGCCAACAUAACACCGAGCUCCCACCGAAGAGCACAGCCGGUACAAAACAGCAACAGCAGACAUUGUUAGACUCCACACGCUGGCAGCAGCUUUCGACAUCCUCGACUGUGUUCGAUAAUUCCCAGACUGUUGAAUCAACUGCGAGCUCGAGGGGCCGUCCUGUCCACACCCUAAUGCAAAAACUUGUAAUCAAGACAGCCAUCAUGUCCGAAGAUGGCAAACCAAAAGUUUCCUGGAAGUGCAUUUCAUGUGACCAUUCACGAAAAGGCUCGCCACAGGAGAGUCGUGUCCUGAAGCACUCUGCAACCUGCAAGAAGCUUCCUGUACAUCUUCGGAACGAAGCUAUCACUGCUUCGAAGGACACAUCACUCGGGGCACAACUUGUUGAACUCGAUGACCAAUGCAACACGGCACCAUCAGUCGAGGUACAGCCCCAUAUGGAUGAGCCACCAGCAAAACGGCCUAAAAACCAGGUGGCGCUGAAUGUUGCACCAUAUCGUGAUGCGGGGCGAAAGAAGCGAGAGGAGGAACGUCAAAUUUUCCAGACGAAGGCUGAUCAUAUCAUCAUGCGUCUCAUCUGUGUGCGCGGGUUUGUUCCGACCGUCAUCGAUUCUGAUGAAUGGAAAGAAUUGAUGGUUCAUCUGAACCCACAUUAUCAUGCCACGUCCUGUAAUACAUUCACCGACAAUUACAUACCAAAAGAGGCCGUCUUCGUUCGCCAACAGCAGCUCAAGGAGUUGAAGAAGCAAACCAACCUAACACUUACAUUUGAUGGCACAAGCACACGAAAACCACAGUCCCUCUAUACUGUGCACGCGACUACACCAGACCGGACAACACACUUCUUAGAUGGCCACGAGGACUCUACUGCCAGUCACACAGCUGCAUGGGUGAAAGAAAAGAUGCUCGAGGCCAGUAUCUUCUAUUCUAGUAUAUACACUACUAUCUAUGAGGUCGGAGAGGACAAGUGGGCUGCUAUCUGCUCAGAUAGCACAGCAGUUACCAAAAAUGCUCGACGUGAAGUCGUUAAUACAAUCCCGACAAUAUUAGACUUAUGUGAUGCUUGUCAUCAUUUGCAUAAUACCAUCAAGAACGUCACCCUAUUGCCAGAGUUCGAACAGAUGCUAUCACUACUCAAACCCAUUAUCAAGCAUUUCAGCAAGUCCACGAUCUCCGCAGCACAUCUUCGGAAGGAGCGUCGGGUUGAUGACAACGACGAGACUGUGAAGGCCCUUCAAAAAAUUGGCAAAACAAGAGUCCAGAACCGUAAAGUGAAGGACAUGUUUCUAAACCGUCGUGCAUUCCAGACGUUGGAGCAGGAUCUCGGUACUUAUGUCACACUCGUGGGACCAUUCAUCCGCUCGCUGUGGUCGCUGGAGGCAUCCCAUGCGAACGCUUCAGAUGUCUUCGUUUUUUGGCUCGCAAUUGCUGCAACGCUGGAAGAAUUAUUCGCAAAGGGUGAAGAUCAGACAGGGAUACCAGUUUCCCUCGCACGACGCAUUACUGCCAUCUUCAACAGCCGGUGGAAGGAAUUUUUCGGUAACGAUGUUUAUUUCGUUGCUUUUGUGCUUGAUCCACGUUAUCCUCUCUCAGACAACAUCAUGAAAUCAGCAUUGGCAGCCCCAACCAUCCGUAUACCAGCACAGAUACCAAACACGUCUGCAAGUGCUGAGCGUCCGAUGCCUCAUCCACGUGCUUACCAUCGCGUGAAAGAAUUUCUCAAACCUAUGCUGCGCGCAAUGGUAGAACACGAUGAAGUACACGAACUCAAAGACCCAAUCUCACUGCUUGUGCACGAGAUUGGAGCAGCUGGUGUUGUUGAUGAGUUCAGACGUCAACUCGAGGCUUAUUUUCACAGCGAGUGGCCAUUCACCUGUACCUGUAGUGAUGAAGCUUAA